CACAAGUAAACAAACCCUCCCAGUGACGUCACCAGUACACUAACCCUCCCUAGCCAAGGUUUGAAUUCACGUCCAUCAUCGACCAUGUCCCAAACUGAUUUUUUAAAUGAACUUUCCUCAAAAAUUGCUGGAAUUAUCAACAGUCAUGAUGAUUGGACUGAGGAGGAUAAUCAGAGAAUACAGAGUGAAUAUAUGAAGAUACUUGGUGGAGUUUGGAAUGAAGUGGUCAACACAGCAGCACAGGAGAGCCAACAACAUCCAAAAGAAGAUGCAGAGACAAUGGAAGAUGUUGAAAUUCGACACGAGGGAACACUUAUUGCUGUCACCAAGAAGCGGAAGGAAUAUCCAGCAUACAUUGCUGCUCUCCUUGGCAAGAAAACCAGACUUAAAAAAAAUACAGCUGAGGUGCUUAAAGUAAGCUUGCCACCAAGAGCCCUAAUUGAAGUAGAUGGCGGUGUGACCCAACUGGAUGAAAAGUUUAACUCACUGGUCAAAGACACCAUGGACACACUGUCAGAGAACACUAAGAGUAUUCAGCAACAUACUCAUCACCUAAUGCAAGUUGCUGAUGCUGCUGAAGUAAUUGUUAAUAAUCAGUACCACCCAACAGAAGCUCUUAUCACAAGCCAAGAAAAUUGCAUAAUGUACAGUAGAUGAGAUGACCUGGAAGAGAAUGCAUAGGGAUGUGUAAAAAAAAAAUGAUUAUAUAUAUAUAUA